AUGAGAAUUACAUUUCUGUGUUCACUAAGUUUGAUAUUCCUUGCAACGAAUAAUGUACUAUGCAGCAAAAAAAAAGGAAAAUUACUUGGAAGCACAUCAAAGAAUAGCAACUUAGUUGAAUGCCUUUCGUUUUUAGCAAAAGAUAAGUAUAAAGAUCUGUUGUUAGAAGUGGACAGUGGCAUGUUUAAUAAAAUAAAAAAUAAAGAAUUGGUUACAAAGAAAAAUUUAACAGAAACUUUUAAAUUAUUAGAUAAAAAAUAUAAAGAAAUUGAUGAUGAAACUAAAAAAAGAGCAAUUGCAGAUAUCAUAGUUGACAUUAAAGAAGCUUUGCAAAAUAAUUUUCAUGAAAUAGAUAAUAAUUAUAAUGAACACAAUGAGAACACGAAAGAAUUAAAUAAAAGUAACUUUUUAUUAAAAUUGGAAAAUACUUACAUUAAAAGAGAUUUAGCAAAUUUUAAAAAAAUAUCUGAAGAUAUAUCUAAGAGAAAAUCAUAUUUGGAAAAAAAAUUCGAAUUAUGUGGUAUAUCUAGCGAAAAGUUUUUAUAUGGGGCACCGGGGAAAAUUAAUUUGUCAGACAGUAGUAUAAAAGAAAUAGAUAAUCCACUAAUUAUAAGAAUCAAUAAUAAAACUAUUAGCGAUGAGGAAUUUGUUUCGUAUAAUAGUUCAUAUGAAUCGCUUAAAUUUAAUAAGUUAUUGGAUCUAUACAAACCUGUUCUUGAUUUCAACUUAGAGUUGUUAGAAAAUGCCCUCAAAUAUGAAUUGAAAAUAUAUGAAGAAUCAAAAAAGGAAUUCUUUUACCUUAUUCGAGACAGUUACAAAAAUUAUGGAGAAAUAAAAAAGUUUAUCUUAACCAUCCCAAUGAGCACACUACCAGAAGCAAAACCUAAUGAUGAAAUGAAAAAAGAAAUAACAGAUUAUAACAAAAUUAUUAGCUAUUCUGGUGGUGAAUUGGAAAAAGCGAAGAAAUCAACUGAUAAGUACAUACUUGGUAGAUAUGCAAAAGAUCCCGUGCGAAUUCAACCAAAAAGAUUUAAAAGAAUUGUAAAAAUUCCUGUAAAAAAAAAAAAAAGUGGUGUAAAUGAUAAAGUUCAAAUUAAGGUCAAAUCACCUGUGAAAGUUGGUCAAUUAUUUCUAAAAAGAAAUGACAAUUUUGACCAAGGCCAAAAUAAAAAUAUAUGUGAAUAUCAUAUAUUUUUAAACAAAAUUACACACGAAGGCAAUGGAUUAAACACAGACACAGGUGCAGAUACGGAUACAACAUACACAUCAGAGGAACACAUAACGGUAUCCAGUCCCCUAACACAAAAGAACAAUAUUUUAAAAAAAAUAACAAUUAGAAAACUUUUACAUAAAGAACCCAAAAGAGAAGAAGUGAAAAAUGGUGAAGUGAUACCAAAAAGUGAACAAGUGCUAAAAGAUUCACAGCUAGCUCCUGGAGAACAAAUUGCACAAGCAUGUCCAGAAUGUUCACAAUCAAUGAGUGAUGGAUUUUUUUAUGCUGUUCCUUUAAUUCAUUUUAAUUAUCCAACAGGUAGUAUGUGUUGUAUACCUUGUUCCAAUUAUGAUAAAAAUUUAUGUGAUAAAUGUGGAUACAAGAAAAAUUUUAUCAAUCUGAAUUAUGGAAACAAUUGUCUUGUUUGUGCGCCAGUUAAUACCCUCAAUAAUAAUUGUUUUGAUGACGUAAAUAAUAUGAACGGUGCAAAUCAAGAAAUUUCAGUAAAACAACCAGAAUUUAUUGUACACUCAGUACAUAACAAAAAUUUUAUGCACAACAAUGUAUGUAACAAUUGUAAUUCCAAUGAAAAAUCAUUCACCAUUUUUCGAAAAAAUUCCAUUUGUCCAUAUUGUAAAUUUAGGAUACCAUGUAAGGAACAGGAGGGAAGUCAUACCCAAACGUCAAAUUCGUGUUUAUCUACAUCUGCGCAGAAUGGGUUCUCCGGACAAGCCAUGUCAAAAUUUAAUAUUCUUGAAUUUAAUGAUGAAAGUUUGAACAAGGGAAUAAAUGAAGGCAAUGAAAAUAAUGAGGGUAAUGAAAAUAAUGAGAGUAAUGAAAAUGAGGAUAAAGUGACUGCUGGGGAGAAAAUCGAUCGUGGUGAGCAACCUGAGCAAGCACAAAAAGAUGAUGAAGAGAUAGAAACAAAAAAGAAUAAUGAGAAUACAUUCAAUAUAGAUGCUUCUAUAAAUGAGUAUGAUGAAGAAAGCAACAUAAAACACAGUCGUGUGGUCCCCAUAAGUAGUGAAUUUUUUGAUGAAAGGAAUUUAAGAAAGGGAGAUGAAUCCAGUGAUGAAGAGGACGAUGAAGAAAAGGAGCAAGAAGAGGAUUUGGAGCUGAUGGAGGAGGGGAAAAAGACAGAAGAAGGAAAAGAAAAGAGUGCUCACAAGGAAAAGCAAAAGACAACUAGUAAAGAAGGAGGAUAUAACAACAGGUAUGAUAAGAAUAGAUACGAAAUGAGUAAAGAUAAAGUGAAAGAUGCUGAAAAUGAGGUAGAAAAAAGUAAAAGAGACAAAGAACGAAAAGACCAAAUCGAAAUUAGAGGUGAAGAAGGAGAAGAAGAUUAUAAUGUCCUCUUAGAUGAUUCAUUUAUAUAUGAAUUUAAUGAAAUGAUAAAGAACGAUAAACAUAUGAAUUAUUUUAAAGAGUUGUAUUACAGCACUGUUCAUAAUAAAGAUUCAGAUGAGAAUAAAAAAGAUGAAAAAAGUUUUCUUUUAAAUUUGCAAUUUGUAUACAAAACUACAUAUUUUACAAGAAAAAAAACACAAGUAAAUGCUUUUUUAAAAACACCUACUUUGGAUGUUACAUAUAAUAAGGAGAAAAUUCUUUAUUUGUUUAAAAAUUUAUUUAUUAAAAUAUUCAAAGAUGUGGAUUAUAAAAUUAAAGAAUCAUUAGUACAAAUGAUCCCUGUAGUGGAAAAUGAUGAUGAAAUGGAGCCUGAUAUUACCGGAUUCGAAAUGGAUUUUGGGAAAGUUAAACCUCAUUAUGCUGGAUCCAUAAACAUGUUUAGACACUCCGUUUUUGAUAUACAUAAUAUGACCAUUUAUUUUAUAGGACCAGAUGAAAAGUAUAUUCUAUUGGAAGAUAUCAUAAGAAAAAUACAUGAGGAAAGGGAUGCCGAUUCUGAUGAUUAUUUUGUAAGAUCUCAUCAGACGGAGGAAACGAAGGAGGAACUUUCAUCAGAUGAAACGCAGGACGGGGAUGCAGAUGAUAAUGAAAGUUUUUUCAAAAUGUACAGAGAGAGUGAUGGUGUACAUGUUGAAGGAGAAUUGGCAGAGCAGUUGAAGCAGACAGAAGAGGAGAAGCAGACAGAAGAGAAGAAGCAAACAGAAGAGAAGAAGCAGACAGAAGAGAAGAAGCAAACAGAAGAGAAGAAGCAGACAGAAGAGAAGAAGCAAACAGAAGAGAAGAAGCAGACAGAAGAGAAGAAGCAAACAGAAGAGAAGAAGCAGACAGAAGAGGAGAAGCAGAUAGAAGAGAAGAAACAGACAGAAGAGGAGAAGCAGAUAGAAGAGAAGAAACAGACAGAAGAGGAGAAACUGACAGAAGUGGAGAACCUGACAGAAGAGCCGAAAAAGACUAAGCACAAAUCGGAUAAGUCGAAAAAAAAGUCAUAUAAACUGAAACAGAAAAUGGAGGAAACGAAGGAUAAGGAAGAGAGGCAAGGCGAACUUUCAAAACAAACAGACGAUGUUCUAGUAGGAAAGGGAAAAAGAAAGGAAAAGGAUCUGCAUGCUCAGAAUUUAGAUUUACUGAAAAUUCUAUCAAGUUAUGGGAAUAUUCUCUCAAAGGAGGAUAUAAGUACAAUCAAAGAAAACAUAAAUAAUAUAAUAGUGGAUAAAAGGAUAAUAAACGGAGGAAAUGUUACAGAAAUAAUAAUGAAAAAAAAAGAAUCAAAUAUGAAUGGAAUAGAAACAGAAAGCGAAAAUAAUGAUGAUCAUUAUGAAUCUAUCACCAUUGAUGGAGAUAAAGGAAUAGAUGCAAUUAACGAUACAGUUAAAAAGUACAUGGAAAAAUAUUUUAGCGCACACAAUAUACCAAUAUACUAUUAUGAAGAUAAGCGUAUCUCAAAAAAUAUAAUUUAUGUUACAUCAGAUAUUAACUUCGAUUUAGAUAUGCUCAAAAUGAGCAUUCUAGGUAUUUGUAAUAUUACAGACAAAUCUAUAGAUCAGUUUAAUUUCGUCCUAAUUCCCAAGGAUGUCGAAGAUUACGACGUGAAUAAAUUUCAGGAAAUUCCAUUAUCCAUUAAAAAUAUUCAAGAUCUGUACAAAUACAGCAUAUCUAUAGGACGAAAAAUACUUAUCACAUCGAUUGAUGAAAAAGACAUGGAUAUUAUCAAACCCAGGAGUUUUGAUUACUUGUACGAGUCUAAUAGUGAUACCGACCGGUUAUUCUUAGAUCAGAAAGAAGGAGAAUUUUUGAGCGUUCCUGGGGAGAGAGAUUCAUCGAAGGGGGAUCAAAUUGGCCACGAAUUAGAGGAUGGAAAAUCUGAACAAGAAAAAACACAAUUGAUUGAUAAACACGAAUUUGACAAUAGCGAAGAAAACACACUCACUGGUAUGAUGGAGAGUAUAGAACUAGGACAUGGAUAUACGUUAAACAAAUCUAAUAAGAUAAAGGAAGGAUUAGAUUUACUUCCUCCAUAUAAGAAUAAAGAUGACGAAAUAGAGUACAUAAAUAGAGAGAUAACAAUUUUGGAAGAUGAAAAUUUAUAUAGAAAAGGAAGUUAUUACAACUUUUUCGAAAUAUAUAUAGAUAAUCCAAACAGAAAAGUGAAUAUUUUUAAUGCACCUAUAUUAAAAACUUAUACAUUGAAUUUAUUCAUAGUAGAUAUAAUGAAUAAAAUGAUACACAUUCCAUCAAUAUUUAUUAAUACCAAUUCUUAUAAAAAAGGAAUAUCUAUAUUAGAUAUACACACAUGUUUGGAUUACUAUUCAUUUAAUAAAAAGACAAAUGUCAUAAGUUCUUUAAUGUAUGAAAAAUCUCUUACGUUAUAUGAAGUUUUGAAGCAUUUUAGAGAAAUAGAAGAACAUUUAUUGAUAAAAAAUAAAAAAAAUGAAGAAUGUUCAGAUGUAGAAAAUUUAAAUGAUAUUAAAAUCCCAGAGUCUAUCAAUUUAAUGGAUUCCAGAAUUACACACCUUGAAAUACCAAUAUUUCAUUUAGAUGAAGAGGCACAUUUUUAUCAUGAUAAAUUAACAUUACUGAAUGUACCAGAAAAUAUGACCACUUUAGAAUUAUGCAACUCAUUAAAAAACAUAAUUAAUACUAAAUUGGUGUCUUUCAAUUUAAUUACACUGAAAGAUUUACAACUAUAUACAAUACGAGAUAAAAUAUGGAAAAAUGUAGAAGAUAAUCUACCUGUAAGUGAAUUAAAAUUAAAUCACAAUAAUUUGUACACCAUUUUUAUUAAAAAUAAAUUUUUGACAAAAUAUAAUUUCCAAAUAUUAUCAAAUUUAGAGAUCGAUUUAGCAGAUAAUAACAUUUACAUAAAAAAGUUAGACAUUUAUAUGAAUUACAAUUUUAACCCCUAUACUUUAUACAAUUUACCUGUACAUAUAUCUGCAAACAAUUUGAAAUAUCUCUUAUUACAAAAUACAAAUGCUUUCAUAUCGGAUUCAUUUUUGAAAGAAUUUUAUUUUGUGUAUAACAAAAGACACACCACGAAAAAAUGUUGUGAAUCUCCUACUUAUGAAUGUCAUGAAGAUGAUGAAGUUUACAUUGACAAUGAUGAAAAGGAUAAAGGUAGUUAUAAAAAAAUAGCAUAUUUAUUUCUUCUAAACAUGCUAAGCAGAUUUUACAAAAUCAAAUUUAGUGCAAGCAAAAUGAUGGAAAAUGUCAUGGCUUCAUUGCUAGAAUUAUGUGGGAAAAGUUUAAAUGAGAAAAACCCAUUAGUAGAAAUUAAAAAAUCAUCGAAAAAAAUCAAAAAUUUAGAAUUAUACGUAGGAAAUAAUUUGAAGAAAAUAUUAAUAAAAAAUGUUCCUUUGGAAUUACUAAUAUGGAAAUUUAUUAACAUUCUAAUGAGGGGAUCCUUUAACAUCCCUGUAGAAGAAAAAGAAAAGUUAUACAACUUAUUUGUUAUUGUAGAGAAUGAUAAAGACAAAAUGAAAAAUAAUGAUUAUUAUUUUACCUCUGUUCCAGGAUAUACCAUAGAAGAAAUGCUAAAAAUUAUAGGAAAAGAUAACUUACUUUUGAUGAAAGCUUAUCCAGAACAUUUACAUCACAUUAGAAAUAGUGCUCAUUUCGAUUCUUAUUUGAUGUUCACGCUUGAUUCUUUACCCUCUGUUAUCGAUUUUAAUAAUCCAGUAGGGUCCUUAAGUUUUUAUGUAAAUUACAAAAAUGAGAAGAAAAUUACACACAUUAUUAAUGUUCCUGAAAAAAUAACAACAGAUAAACUGCUCAAGUCGAUCCUUUUAGACAUGUAUUCAAAGUGGCAGAAACUUCCAAAGGAUGAAAAAAUUAUAUUCUCUCUAUACAAAGACAAUGACGAAAUAACAGAUGUGAAAAAGUAUAUCAAUUCAGGCUCCGGUGCACAAUUGCGUACAUUUAUUUCCUUAGGAAAAAAAAAAAAUGAUCAUAAAAGUUCCAAAAAGAAUUAUGUCGAUUUAGAUAAAAUAUCCGAAGUAGAAUCCAUACACAUUUCAGAUGAAGAAUUGAAGAUGGCUCAGCUGUAUGAUAAUGUGUUAAGAGAAAUUUUAGUAAAAGAUUAUAUCGAUUACAAUAACAUUACUGUAAGUGGAUACACAAUUUCUAUUUUUGUGUAUGAUGGAUUUUCAUACAAAGAAGUCACAAUUUUUAAUGUCCCUCUAAGUGCAACGAAUAAAGACAUUAUAAACUUUUUAUUAAUCAAAGCGAAUCAUGUUAAUACAAAAAAAUUCGUAGACGAAUUUUUACUUUUAAAUGAAAAAUCAUUUAUAUUGCUUAAGACAAAACCGAUAGUAGAGCAAAAUGUUGUUUUUAUAGGAGAAUUAACAGAACUUAUUAAUCUAGAUCGAACAAAAUUAUACCUUGUUCAUAAGCCAUUGUUUAAUCAUCUAGACAAUAUAUUUAGAAAUGUUGCAGGCAGAAAAUAUGAUUUUAAAUCUGAAAAAAAUGCAGUUCUUAAUAUUAGUGAUGAAAAGGGUUCCCUCACUUUUAACCUCAUAUUUAAUAAAAAUAAAAAAAAAAUAUUAACUGUUCAUAAUAUUCCGUAUAAUAUGUACAUUACAGAAUUUUUAAGAUUUGCUGUUGGAUAUCAACGAAAAUGGAUAUACAAAUACAUAAACUUUUACCUCAUCAAAGAAAAUGAAAAAUAUAUUUUAAAUGAUAACAGAGAUUUCAUGCAAUAUGGUAGAACCAUAAGUGAGAUAUUUAAAAUGUGCAAGUCGGGAGAUAAAUGUACGUUGCAUAUUGAAAUAAUAGACCAUGAUUCAAGUAAUAAAAUGAAAAAAUUGAACGUAGAAAGUAAAGACAAAAGUAGUAUCAUAAUAAAAGAAUUACGAAAAAAAUUACUUUCAGAAGAAAUUGAUAAUAAAAAAUUGGAUCUAUCAAUUGUAUGUUUUGAAUACAAUGCAGGAUUGUACGAAAAACACAUAUUUGGUGCAUCAAGAAUUUGCAACAUUCCAAAAAAUUACACUGUAACAGAUGUGUUAUCCUAUGUUAAGAAAAAACUAAAAGAAGAAACAAAGAUAAAAAAUAUAGAUGACUUAGAAUUAAGAGUGAUUUUUAAAGAAUCCUAUCUGACAAUACCGAAUGAAUUAAACAUGGAAUAUGUGAUUAAUCAUUAUUUUAUCGAUACGCCAUCCAUCGUUUCACUAUCAGAAAAAGAUGAACUUUUAAAUAUGGUUCACUUAUCUCUACACAACACAAUCAUAGAUAUAAAAAAUGACACCUUUGUGAAAAAAGAUAUACCACUGUAUAUCAAAAAAGGGAACCAUUUGGAAAAUAUAAAAUUAAAAAAUAUCCCGUUCUCUAUUACAGAAGAUAAUUUUAUAACCUUUUUGUUGAAUUAUUUAACAAAAAAUAUGGAAGUAAUUAAAUUUAUGGAGGACAAUACUUCCAUAUGUAUCUAUCCAAAUUGUGAUCCUGUAUAUGUUCACUUGGAAAAAAGACAACUUGCAUUCAUCACUUCACUAUCUUACCACAUUGCUAAGAUGAAAAUUAUUUACCUGACAACAGUUGAGUCAUUUGAAAACUUUUACAGUCAAAUGAGUCAUUUUGAAUUUAAUUUUGAAAAGUCACAAUACUUUAACGAAACGAAGAAGAAUAAAAAUAACAGUAUCAAAGGAAAUAAGAAAAAAGAAGUGUCUGAUGAAUUUAUGAAUCUUGAUAUGAAUAUUCAUUUUCCAAAUAUAUAUAGAACUAUUCGUGUAAAAAAUUUCAACAUAAACUUAGACAUUAAUGAUUUAUUAAGUAAGGUAUUUCAUUCUAUAACAACCAGAAAUUAUAAGUGGAAUGACAUGUUUACAUUGGUAGCUAAUACAUAUAAAUAUAAGAAUAAUAUUCAUGAAAAAUCGAAGCAAAAGAAGGUAAAAACAUUUAAGGAGUAUUUAGAUGAAGAAGGGAAAAUUACAUUUAUCUUUAAAUCAGAAUAUAGUGACAUAUAUGAUUAUUUAAUAUCCAGAAUUAUAUAUCUACCAGCUAUGAUCAAUUAUCAAACAAAAUACAUUUCCUUAAUAACGAGUAUAAGCGGAUUUCAUAACAAUGCCACUAAACUGUAUGGGUUUCCAGCUUAUUUAACUCCAGCCUUUACCCUAACCAUUUUGCAAUAUAAUUUUUUUAAACUAAUAGGAAAAACAUAUUUAGACCUCUACGGAUGUUCAUACGAAGAUACCUAUAACGAAGAAAAUCUGUAUGAACAACAGGUAUCUAUAGAAUUAAAAAAGAAUAAUUCCAUUUUGCAAGACUCAUUGAAAAACGAAAAUAAAAGGGAAAAAAUGAGACUUAUCAUGGGAAUAAGAAAAAAAGAUAACAAGUACGUAAAAACAAUCAAUGAUCUCACGUCCGCUGAAUUAAACAUAGAAUGUCAAAAGUUAGAAAAUGAAGAAGAUAUGGAAGAAUGCACAGAUAUGCUAUCAUCCCUAAAUACCUCAUCCAUAUUUUGGAGAAAUAGUUCCCUUGGAUUUAUGGCGAAAUCUGUAGUCAUACGAGAUAAUUAUAACAAUACAUUAAUGUUACCAUAUAUAGAUUUCAGAGUAAAUGAAAAAACAUUAAUUCAAAAUAUUUUGUGCCAUAUUAAUUUAUCCCCAUUCUUAUAUAAAUUAUUUGAAUUAACACAUAUUGAUAAGAAAGGAAUUAGUUUUAAAAAAGAGCUAAAAAAUAGUAUACCACAUAUUCAAUGCUUGUUAUCGCAUGGACUUAGUAUUUAUUUCGAUUUACAUCACAAUAACAAAUUAGAGAAUUAUUAUGGGUUCCAAAUAGGAGGAGUCGAAUCUUUUGACAUAAAUCAAGUGCGUUCCUUUCAAAAUUUACAUGAACAACACUUUGUUGAAUUUUUCCUUUACAAUGCAGAUGGCACUCGUGUAUUUAUCAAAAAUGCAUACAGAGAUAUGACUGUCUCUACACUCAUUAAUGAGCUCUCCAAAGCUAGACAUCACAUUCAUGGGCUGAAGUACAACGAAAUUUCUGCAUUCUACAAACUCGUGUAUAUUCUUGAAGGCAAGGACGUUUUUGAAAUUUCGCCCAGCGCAUCGAUAGAAGAUGUGUACGACAUUGUCCUGAAGCAUUCAAAGUCCAAUUUUAUUUUAAGGAUCCUAAAAAAGAAGGACACGAAUAAAGUGAGUGAUAAAGUUAGCGACAAAGCGAGUGACAAUAACAAUGACGUGAGACGUGAUAGUGACAAUGACAAUGACGUGAGAAGUGAUAAUGACAAUGACGUGAGAAGUGACAAUGACAAUGACAACAUUACGGAUAGCAGUAACAGCCAGCGUCUUGCAGAGAUCCAUGUGCCAGAAAUGCAUUUGAGCGCAUACCCCUCGUUUGUCGAUUUGAGUCAAAACAAUUUCCAAGUCAUUAUGUACUUACAGCUAAGGCCGUUAGAAAAUAACAACCUAUUUAGAGACUCAACGGUGCAGAAAAUAAUUAUCAAUAAUGUUCCUUCCAGCACUUUAAUUUUAUCGAUAAAAGAAUACGUCCUCACAUUAUUUAAAGAUUAUUUUGAAAGACUCGAACUUUCACAGAAUUUACACACGAAAUUUUAUGAAUUUGAAAUUAACCUAGUAAUUGUCAAUGAAAACCAUAUAACGAAAAAAACACAUGAACUCAAUUCAAGUAUUCUAAAAAAUCUUACAGUGUCUAGUUUUUACAGCAUCUACUACAACGCUGGAUUUGUUCUACAAUUAGACAAAAUUAAAAUAUUUAAACCAAACUUUUACGAUGAUUUUAUUAAUCAUUUCUCAUCAGUCGUUAUUGAUUUUUCCUAUCAAUCACUCCACAAUAGCUAA